UUUUUUUGGUGAAGACAGAGGGACUCAGAAUUUCAGCUCCUUCUCUGUGGCUACCCAUGGGUCACUGUAGACUCUGCUCAGUCUGGCUCUCACACACGGAUUCGGGCCAGGGAGACUUAGAGAGACACUCCAUCCCCGGAGAGAAAGGUCUCAGGCUUAAACACUGUGCUAAAGAAAGAAAAUUAUAAGGAGUUUUUAGCAAAAAGUUUUUGCUAAAAAUAAAAUCGUUUUUAGUUUUUAACAAAAAGGAGAGAGCAAAAAGAGAUCUGAAUAGCUUGGGACCUGAAAGCAUGCAGAAUCUUGUAUUGCAGACCCUCUGCAGAUGAAGGACACCUAGACACUGCAGUCAGCCCCGGAGACGCAGCUGAGCAGAGCAGCGAUGCAGCUGAGCGUGUUGGGACUGGGGCUGCUGGUGGUCAGUGUGGCCGGAGGCUCGGCCGGAGGUGGGGGCCAGCGGCGUGGAGCCGAGGGGCGCAGACGGCUCCACAGGGUCCAGCACGGCCACUGCAGCUACACCUUCAUCCUGCCUGAGGCAGACAGCUGCCGCGGGGCUCCGGACCUGUAUGGCAACAUCAACGUGGUUCAGAGAGACGCCCCCCCAGCGGAGAACGAGUGGUCGGUGCAGAAGCUGCAGCACCUGGAGAGCGCCAUGGAGAACAACACACAGUGGCUGCAGAAGCUGGAGAAUUACAUCCAGGAGAACAUCAAGACAGAGAUGGUGCAGAUCCAGGCCCACGCUGUGCAGAACCAGACGGCUACCAUGCUGGAGAUCGGUACCAACCUGCUGACCCAGACUGCGGAGCAGACACGCAAGCUGAAUGUGGUGGAGGCACAGGUUAUGAAUCAGACUUCCCGGAUUGAGAUCCAGCUGUUGGAGAACUCCUUAUCCACCCACAAACUGGAGAAGCAACUCUUGAUGCAAAUCAGUGAGAUUUCGAAGCUUCAAGACAAAAACAGCCUGCUGGAGAACAAGGUGCAGGACCUGGAGAGGAAGCACCGCUCUGAGUUGGAGGGCAUGAAGGCACAGAAGGAGAGGCUGCAGCAUCUGGUGGUCAGGCAGACCACUGCCAUCGAGACCCUGGAGCGACAACUGCAGUCUGCCAGCACCAACAACACCGUCCUGCAGAGGCAGCAGCAGCAGCUCAUGGACUCUGUUCACACCCUCCUCAGCCUGGCGUCUCUGGGUGCAGUGACUCUGAAGAUGGAAGAGAGGAUUUUCAGAGACUGCGCGGAAGCCUACCGAGCAGGGCACAAUGUCAGUGGAGUCUACACGAUCCACAUUACCAACAUGUCAGAGCCUAUCAAGGUAUUCUGUGACAUGGAGACCAGUGGAGGUGGUUGGACAGUGUUUCAGCGCAGAAUCAAUGGCAGUGUUGAUUUCCAGAAGACAUGGAGAGAGUAUAAAAUGGGCUUCGGCGAUCUCUCAGGGGAGUACUGGCUGGGUAACGAGGCUGUGCACCUCCUAACGAACCAGGGCUCCUACUCCCUGCGGAUUGGGCUGCUUGACUGGGAGGGAAACGAGCCGUAUUCUCAAUAUGAGAGGUUUCAGCUGGGCAGCGAGAAGCAGCACUACAGGCUCUUUCUGAAGGGAUACAGCGGGACAGCAGGACAGCACAGCAGCCUGGGGGCCCACAGCACCAGCUUCAGCACACGAGACUCGGACAACGAUAACUGCCUGUGCAAGUGUGCUGUUAUGCUGACCGGCGGCUGGUGGUUUGACGCCUGCGGGCUCUCCAAUCUCAAUGGCAUGUACUACCCAGCCGGGCACAACAUCAGAAAGCUGAACGGCAUCAAGUGGCACCACUUCCGCGGGCCCAGCUACUCCCUGCGCUCCACUGCCAUGAUGGUGCGGCCCGCCGACUUCUGAACAGGAGGCGGCGCGAGCGGCCGUCACACUCCGCGGCGGCGUCAGUCGGUCUCGCUCGGUGCUCGGCAGGUCCUGGAGGCCGCAGGCAGGAACUGGGGUGGAACCAGGAGAGCUGCCCAGCGCCACUCUUGUGCCCCCAGCCCGAGCCACUUCACAGCUGCAGAACCCUGACUGCGGGUCCAGUUCAUUCGAACACUGAUUGUAUAUGAGUACAAAACUCGCCGAGAGCGUCUCACGUGCUCAGCCUGUGAUGUAGUAGCAUCAGACAAGAACAGAGACACACCGCCGGCCCAGGGCUUUUGUGAUACAUGGGAAUUAACAAAGACUCUCCAUGGCGGUUCAGUUUAUUUUCCGGCACUGGCUUGACGGUACUCUAUGGAGACUCAUGAAUGAGCUCUAUCUUUUGUACAGUACACUUCCAUUCUGUAGUCAUAAUAGUUCUACAGAAUCAUGGGACUUUUUUAAAUGAUUUUAUUUUAUUUUUGAAGAUCUCUAAAUAUAGUGAGAUAUGCAUGUAAUUUUUUUAACUGUCCUUUCUUUGUUUCAAAAGGUGUAACCCAGCACUGACAGCAUGUUUUUGGCACUUUGUCUGGAUUUCGCUACUGUAUCUGUGCACAGCAUUCAUUUGCCUGGCUGGUAUCUGGGGUCUCCAGAAUGUGACCUGACCUGUACUUGGUCAAGCAUUGCAGACCCUGUAUCACUGCAGAAUAUUGUUAUGUAGGACAGGAAUAUUCACUUUUCACCGACAGAAUUUAUGUAACAUAAAGAAAAACAGUAAAUGUGUUUUUUACUUUCAUCUUUGCAAUUCAGGUUAAAUGACUUUGCACAACAUUAUAUAGCAUGGAAUGGAUGAAUACACACAAGUAGUCUCUACAAACCCUUCUGAAAUAUUUACCACUUGUCUCGUUCUUUUUUCAAAACAAUGCGCAGUGCAUAUUGAGUUUAUAGCCCUCUUAUGUGAUUGAAUAUUUAGUUUCUUUCAAUGUACUGUCUAAAAACUGGAGCUCUUCUUUUUUAAGACCAAAAAUGGAAACACAAAGGAAUGGUUGUUAAACAGAUCUAGGACAGCGUUGCCACCUUCUGCUGCAGACUCACAGUUCUUAAAAGCUACAUUCUGUGAAUUUGAUUUUGUUUAAAUAUUAAAUAUGUGAUUGAACAAAUGUAUGUGUAGAGAGCAAAUAGUUUAUUAGUUGCUUUUCAUUACAUCACUGCACUUUAUGAAUGAUCAAAACCAGCAUAAAAUGGCAGCAUUCACAAAACAUAAAUAAAAACUGAUAUAAAUGAAAAAUGCUAACAAAAAAGUUAACUGUAGUUUAACCACUUUCUUUGCUAGUGUUGCAUUCUUUUUUUUUAGUUUGUUUGAAAAAUAAAUUUUCUAUUGAGUCAAUUCCA